AGAGUAAGACGUCAUUAAAUUCCAUCCUCCGGUUGUGUAACGGCUGUAGUUCUGAAUGUAGAGGCCCCGCCCAACUAUCUUUAAAUACCCGCUAUCGCUGCACACAGCUGCACGACAGAAGCAAAUGGGGACGCGAUAAUAUAUAAAUGUGUUUUUGAUUAUUUAACAGCAACGUGAAUUCUUUAACUUUUUGGACUUUGUUUGACUUCCAGCAUGGAGUUGGACCGGCGGCUUCUGCUAGCCCACUGCACGGCUCACGCCCUGUCGAUCGUGGCGGGCUUGCUGGUGGUCGUCCCCAUGGCUCUCAACGGCUCCGCUUUCAAAGGCCGCUGUGCUCUCUUCUCCACCGGCUACUGGAGGACAGAGACCCGGACCGAGAUCACGGGGCAGCCCGGGGACGUCUCUCACUUGGUGAUACAGCAGUGGGGACCGCCUGCAGCCUGUCAGUUCGCCACAUUCGUGGGUAUUUUCACGGUGCUGUACGGUGCGGCACAGGGCUGGAGAUGUCUCUUCUAUCUUCACGGACGACAUGAUGAGUGAGUUCACUGGCACACCCCCACUGACCCAGUUCUCCAGUUAACUCUAUUGCUGCAGUGGUAUUAGUAAGACUUGUAAACACACUCAAAGCUGGAAUAUAAAUACAUUCACUUAUCGACUCCAAUUAUGUUUUACAAUACUGAGUGACAUUACUCAAGUGUUUACACCACUUUAUACAUAGAAUCUAGUUUUACAUCUGGAUUCAUCUGGGGUGAAAACUGACGAAUGUUAUUUACAAACCUUAUUACUACUGUAUGAUUUGUGACUACGGAGUUAGCUUUAUUAAGCAAUUCAAAGGGUCCUCUGCAGUUAUGAUACAGUAAGACACACUAUUCAGAAUUUUGUCCUUCUGAGAACUUUUGAUACAGUCCAAUAACUAAGAUUUUAAAUGCAAAGCUUACCUUCAAAAUCUAGCAGGGGAGACCAGGGCUUGUUGUCACACUGUUUGCACUCUUAUAUAUUUCCUGGAAUCAAUACAUCAUAUAUAAACAAAAUGUUUACCAGGUGAAAAACUAAAGUCUCAGGUAUAUUAUUCGUAUUCAUGUCAUUGUCAUAUCUUGUGUCAGUGCAGAGUUGUAAGCAAUCAAAUGAAGAGUGUGAACAUGUGACAUGUUGCCCCACCAUCCGAUUAGUUGUCUCACUAUAUGGGGUAAGAUGUCACAGUGGAUUUUGCAGCUAAUAAACAAGGACAAAACUACUGUUGCUCUCAUUUUUUUACUUGAAAGUGAACAUAAAAUUAGGCACAGAAAAUGUUUAACGUUAAGCUAGAAAAAGUCAUUGAACAUAGCCAUUGAACAAACGUUAACAAAAAGUAUUAUGCAACAUGCUCUGGAGUUUGGAGCGCUGUCUGACUCCCUAUUUCAGCUGGGGUGAAUGUUUUGCAGUACCGAGCUGAGGUAGUUGACAUUAAAGUCCUUUAUUGUCCUCCAGAUUGAUUUAUUAGCUAGGGUCACCUGCCUGACUGUCCUCAGCAUCAUGUCAGACACUGCAUUGUCAUGUUCUGUUCUUGUUUUGUAACCCCUGACCAUGUCUUCUCGCUCUCCUUUAAAUCACUCUUCUCUUUGUAAAAAUAAAGUCAAAUUUUCAAUUUGACAACUGCUGAUAAGCAGACUCUCUAUGUUAAUUUUAAUCCCUUUUAAACAUGUGACAACUAACCCCAAAAUGACUGAUACAUGUUGCCCCAAACUACCAUGUUUGCUAAUUCUAGCUCUAGCCUAAAGUUAGCUUAAAACAGAACAAUGACUGAGGUAUGACAGGAUGCCUUAAUCUUUCCCCUAACAAGUCCAAAUAUAUCACUGUUAGGACUUUUAUCUGGAAGAAGCUUAUUUUAAAAUAUAUAAAGUUAUUUUUUUUCACUUGGGUUGUGCAAAAUGAUUAAUUGGUGCUCAUCUCAGCUCACAAUGUGCUCCUCUCACACAGGACAUGACCCCUGACCAUGUAAAGGAAUAAAACUAGUAUUCCACUUUUUAGUUGCGCCCCCCGGUGGCAAAGAUAAAUGCAAUGUGACAACUUACCCAUGUGACAACAAGCCCCAGUCUCCCCUACCUAUAGACUGUAUAUACAGUAUAUACAGUCUAUGGUAGUACUGCUUACAAAUCUUUUGUCUAUUACAGCUUCAGUGGUUAGUAUUAAAAUGCUUGGUUAUACUUAGAAUAUUUAAUCAGCAAAACAGCUUUUGUAGAUGUGAAUACCAGCGUGUCUAACAAAAAUCCCUUGAUGCAUAUCUAAUGUGUGUAAUGUGUAUCUGCGCAGCACCCUGUUCUCGUCCUUCCUGACGGUUCUGCUGAGUGUGUGCGUGCUCUUCCUGUCUGGAGGGGCCAGUGUUAUCUUGUCUCUGGGGCUGGUUUCCUGGUGUGACACUGUGACUGAUGACAACACACGGCCUCACAGGUACAAUGCCCAAGGAUGAACUUAGUCACAGUAAAACAUAACAGUGAUGUUCAGUGAUGAGCUGGUCAUCAGGCAUUUGGCCUCACAAGAGGUCUGCUGUCACACUGUCAGCAUGAGCUAACCAUAGACUGUACUGCACAAAUGUGAUUGUUAUAGUUAUUUCAUGACCUGCUGUUGCUGAGUAAUGUUUUUUGAGUGUUAGAUGUUUUUGACUUUGUGGAUUUCUGGUCUCUGUAAUAAUAGUAAUUAUAAUUUUAACCUGCAAUGUUGUUAUGAUAAAUUCUGAUCUGUUAUGGGUUUAAAAUGGUGAUGUAGAUCUAUAAGAUAUAUGAUCCAAUGUUGGUGAUAAUCUAUAAAGAGUAUGGCAUGAUCAUUCUGUGGGUCUAGUUUCUUAUCACUUUAACGUUUGUGUUCAGUUGUGCAGAGUCCCAGACUGUUCCACUGUACCUGGAUGUAAAUACGUCCUCUUUCUACACAGACCUCAAUCUGGCACAGGUGAGAUGAUUUGACAACAAACACACACAUUAAGCGCUCAUAUACUGCCAUGUUAGGCUGGGAUAUUUAUACCCCUGUUGCACCUUGUCUGCAAUGUGUAAAGACCAAAUGCAUAAUGUUUGGGCAAAGGAGUCCACCUCCAAUAUUCCCCUGAAAGUAGUAAUGGAGGUGGAAUUGGUGAAGGAGGCGGUGAUGUGUAACUUUGGACCCAGUAGUACAUAUAAGCACUGUGUGUACAUGCAUGUCUAAGUGAGUGUAUGUGGAACUCCUGCUGUGGGUAAACAAAAACUAUGCCACUUGUAUUCCCGCAAAGGUGUAACACAAUGUGUAAUGACACUCUGGGACACCAAUGUUACACCUUUUUGUUUUGUGUAAGAAACUAUUGUAUACAACAGAGAGCCAAAGUUAUGCCUGUUUUCUAGAAAAAAAGCUUUUGCCUUACAACUUGUGCUUUCUCUUAGGAAUGGCUAUAAAGUGCUUAACUGCACUAUGAAGUUAUCUUAGGUAUGUUAGUAAUAUCAGCAUGGACCUAAACCUUAUAAGAAUAAAACAGAUAAAACCAAAUGUGUUAUGUAAAGAAAUGAACAUUUGCCUUUUUAUAGAUAAUUGUCUUCAGGCAUGAAAGAAUGUCUUUUUGUGGAUACAGUCAUAUACUGUGAAUCAGAUUAGACAGAUGACUUAUAAAAUAGAACUACAGCUGCAGUGAACAUCUAUCCAUUGGAAAUUUCUCAUUUCAUGAAGUACUGGUGUAAAUUCAUCAAAUUUUCUCAUCACAAGUUUCCCAACUCCAACACAAUGUCAUCACAGAUUUCUCUGUGUCAAGUUAUAGCAUCACAGAUAUUUUUUUCUUUACUUGAAAAGCACGCUGCUCCUUAGUCUAUGAAGUUUAAUGGUUUGAUGCUUGUAAACAUUACAAAUCUCUGCCCUGUGUCCUCAGGUGUCUCUGUGGUGUGUGACCAUGCUUUGGCUGAUCCAAUCCAUCCUUGCUUUUCUGAGACUCUACCACUCUCACAGCCAGCAUAUGAGUGGACCAUGUCGUCCACGAGAGAAGGAAAUGCUGUUGGGACACAGUCCAUCAGAGAGCCGCUCACCGUCUCCUCCUCAUCCUGCAGCAACACCCACUCUGCUGGUCUAAUUAGUGUGUAUGUUAACAUUAUCUGAGGCCACUCCACAGCUCUACUAUAGUAACAUGCUCUUAUUGUUAUAUUUUUCAUCAUCUUACAUAACAAAGCCCGUAAUCUGAAAUCAACAAGAAUUGUUGGGAAAGCCAAAGAUUAUGGUAUGUUCAGAUUGUUUACAAUCAGUGUCACCAUUACAUGGUUUGGUUCUUCAAAGAGCACUGGCAAUUUGCAAUGUUAAAUACAAAGUAAAUCUCAAAUAGUAUUAGCCAAAUUAGACAAAACAUUUCCUCACAUUUACCCUAUGAGAAAUAUCACUUCAUAGAUAUUUUUACUUGAUUUUUGAAAUCCUGAAAUAGUGGGACUCAUAGUCUGCCAGGCAGUAUUAUGUAAUGUUAUAUUUCAGCUGGGCCUAAAUUUCAUACAUUACGUAACACUGCCAUCCAUUACUUUUCUCAUUGAGCCCAGUUUAUGUCUUUUUGUGUAUUUGUUACAUUUCAGUCCUGGAGCUAAAAACUCAGUUUCAGGAAAAAUCCAAACCUUUUUUUAGAUUAUUUUCAGCUUAAAAAAAACUAUUUAAGAAUUACAGUUACAUAAUAACUGAGAGUUAUAACUUACAGAAAGCAGGGACUAAUCUCUGAUGUAUCUUGGGACAAAAGGGAUUAUAGAGAAAAGAAGGGAACAUUCAACAGAAUAACUAAAGUGCAUGUAUUCUGCGAUCUAAAAGAAGGUGUUUUAUUUUUUUAAUGUGCAUGUUCGUUUACAUUUCUUGGACAGUCCUGCUCUCAUCAGGGAGAAUACAAGUCUGUUGAGAAUUCUGAGUGUCAUUUUCAGAUGUAGCACUGAAGCUUUAACUGUGAAGCAUGUGGUGAGAGUGUGACUGAGCCACCAUGUAUGUGAAACAGGCUCACUGUGUGAGCAUGACUCAAUACUCUGUUGUGUAAUGGAAAAGUCAUUGCUGACCUUCUCUCCUCUUGUGACGAUAGUUAUUAUGAUGCUGUUUGUGUGGACACGGCCGUGAUGAGGCAUUUUAGACAUGGGUAAUUCUUAAUGCAGAGACCAAAAGGGUCAGUGAGGAAGAAAGAAGUGUCUUCACUUUCCUUAGUGUUGUGUAUUUUUUUUCUUAUCUAGCCAAGUGGUUGUAAUGACGCACAGACAGUGGAGUGAAAUAUCUGAGGAACUGAGAGAUGGGACAGUAAAUUUUCUAGAGAGUAAUUGUAAAAUAUGAAAUGUUUUUAUUAAUCAUUAUAACUGACUAUGGUUAUACUUUUACUUGUUGACCAGUCUGUGUUUAUUCACAUUCAAGUAUUUUUCUUUGUCUGGUUUGUUGCAAUAAAAGCUUGAUAUCAUGACUCAAGACUGAUUUUUUUUUUUUUU